AUGCGCUUUUCAAGCACAGGAAGUUGCAGACAAAAUUUAUAAACACUGAUGAUUGAAACUGUAUUUUAUUUAACAUGACGCAAAAUAAAACUGUAAAGAUCGGCAAAGGUGUUGAAAAGAGGAAAGAUGCGGGAGCUUUACCAACAAAGGUUGUGAUGAGAAGGCUACCCCCAAGCCUUACACCAGAGUCUUUGAUUGAACAGAUUUCACCAUUGCCUGAACAUGAUUUCUUUUACUUUGUAAAAGCUGACAUGAGCCUAGGAAGCAAUGCAUUUACCAGAGCUUACAUCAACUUUAUAAGUUCAUCAGAAAUCUUCAACUUUAGAGACAAAUUUGAUGGAUAUGUGUUCAUUGACAGCAAAGGAAAUGAAUAUCCUGCCAUUGUGGAAUUUGCCCCAUUCCAGAAAGUUCCUAAAAGGAAAACAAAGAAACCCGAUUCAAAAAAAGGAACAUUGGAGCAAGAUGCAGAUUACGUAAAAUUCAAGGAGUUGCUGGAGUCUCCAGGAAAUGAUGACGUCAAGACAAUUGAUGAAUACCUGGAGGAACUGGAAUCCAAAGAGAAAGAGAUGAAAUCAAACCAUGGCUGCUUGAAAACUUCAACACCUCUAAUCGAAUAUUUAAAGAAACGUAAAGAAGAGAAAAGGGCAAAUAUUUUGAAAAUUCAGGAAGAACGCAAAAGACGAGAACAAGAGAAGCGCAGACAAAGAGAGGAAGAAAGGAGAAGGCGACGAGAAAGGGAAAGAGAGAAAGACAGAGAAAAAGAAAAAGACAGGAGCAGAGACAAAGAUAAAGAGAGAGCUUCCAGCGGUGAUUCUUCUGUGAAGUUGCUGAAAAAUCCCGACAGAGAAGAGAAACAGGAGAAAGGUAGGGGAGAUGGGAAAUCAACUAGAGACGAGGAAGCCAAGCGAAAGGAGAGAGAAAAACUUCGAUUCUCCAAAGAAAACCGAGAGAAAAUGAAGAAUGAGAAGUCAGCAGCCAAUCUGGAUCGUCCAAAGUCUGGAAGAGGAUUUGGCAGAGAAGAUCGUAUGGAAAGCCGGAAGGAGAGGCAAGACCCAGAUAGACGUCCAGAAUCUGGAAGACGUUCAGAGAAGGUCAGAGAAGACAAGAAGUAUGGAAGAGACCGAAACUGGGACAGGGAUAGAGAGACUGAAAGAGAUAGACAGAGGGAAAGGAGAAAUAAUGAAAGAGGAGGCAGUGCAAAAAAAGAUUUAGAAAAGAGAGGUUCAACAAAAGGAGAGGACACAAGUCUAAAAGAAAAGCUGGAAGCUGACAGCACCAAAUCCUCCUCCACAUCAAAAGAGUCACAGGACAAGGAUGUCGUAAAAGAGAGGAAGCCCUCUACGGCUAGCAGAGAUGGAGAAGAGGCAGUAGAUUCCCCUGAUGAUGUCGAGAGUUCCAAGAGUUUGUCCAGCAGGAGUGGAAGUCGUGAAGCAGACAAACAGAUGGCAAUAAUGGAUGUCGACUCCAGCGACACAAAGUCAGAAAUUUCAGUGGAUUCUGCAGGCGAGGACAGCAAAUUCAAAAGUAAAAUGUUAGAGAAAUCUCGAAGCAGAGAUGAUCCAGAAGACAAAAAGAAGAAAAGAAGGGAUAGGCCAGAACGAGAGAUAUAUGACCCAAGAAAGGCUGCAGAAAGAAGGCGAGCUGCUGGAGAACCCAGGAAAGAUGACAGAGAAAAACCAAGAAAGCAGGGUUCAGAAGAGAGAUCAGGGGAGAAAACUCCUAGAUUAUCUCCUAGAGAUUCUGAGGAGAGGAAGGACUCUAGGCCAAGCUCAGGUGAAGGAUACAGAGAGGGUGAGAAUGAAACGAGAGAGAAAACAAAGAGAGCCUCUCCAGAAGUCCCCCAAUCUAAUGUGGGCAAAGAAGUGAAGGAAGAGGAAAAUAGCAGUAACAAUGCUUCAAAUGAUAAUUCACAGACAGCAGGUGACAAUGAGGAUACUGGAUCAUCCGUGGAUCCAGUGUAUAUCAAGGACAAAUCUAGUAAGUGUGAAUCCCAGGAGGAGCCAGAGGAACAGGUGGUGGUCACUGAGACAGAAAUGCCUGUGUCGGGAGAAAUUCUCAUUGAGGAUGAACUAUCAGUGGACUGACUGCAAGCUAAUCAAUGUACCAGUAAUGUUACUGAUGAAUGUGAAUGUACUGGUAGUGGUACUGAUGAAUGUACUAGUAAUGUUACUGAUGAAUGUACUGGUAGUGGUACUGAUGAAUGUACUGGUACUGAUGAAUGUACUAAUGGUGGUACUGAUGAAUGUACUAAUAGUGGUACUGAUGAAUUAUCUCUAAUGGUAAAAAUUAUGAUUGCAAAGUAUUUUACAGUGAUUGCAAUGGUUGUUGUCAAACAAUUUUUAAAGAGAUAUUAGCAGGAUAAAGUUUUGAUGGGUAAAUAAUGAUGCUUGGUAUUUUUCUCACGUGCAGAUUGUUAUAGUGUGAUAUUGAAAAGAAAGAUGAACUUUACUAGUAUUUGAAUGUAACUCAGUGGAUGUUGCUUAAAUAAAAGUGGAUGAAUAUG